GAUACGCGCGAAGGAAACUCGCAGCGCAGCAGAUCCCAGCGCGGAGCUCCCGCAGCACACCACACCCCAAAACAGGGAGAGCCUUGUGCCCCUCUCGCAGCAAGGCGAGACCCCGUGCAGCGCGGGCGAGUCAGACGCCGCCCGUGAAGUCAGGGCGAGCAAGGAGCAGCCUCAACACGCCGCGCGGCCGAUCCAGGAGCCAAAGCCAGCAUGUCGGGCCCGCCCCGCGGCUAUCCUUAUGGAUACGCCCCACCGGGCUACUACGCGGCGCCGCCGGGCUACGUCCUCGCGCCGCCGCCGGCCUACGCGCCGCCGCCGCCGCGCGUCGUCGUGCGCCAGACGCCGACGGCGAAUGUGGUACAUGUACCACCCCCGAGACCGUCGGGCGACCCCCUGCGCGCGAGCCUCGAAAAGAAUUCGAGGCCCUUCUUCUGGACCCAAGAUGAAGAACAGAAUCUGCGGGCUCUUGUAGGCGCUUUAGGGACGUCGCAAUGGGCCACAGUUGCGGAGCGACUCGGUACGAAACGAUCCGCCGCAGCGGUGGAACAAAGGUGGCGCGAGCACCACGCUCGCUUGCAAGGUUCCAGACCACCAGCACCUCGAGUCAUCGUGCGCGGUUCGACAGGACAGCCGUCGAGGUGGUCCGCCGGCGAGGACGCCCUCCUGAAGCAAUUGGUGAACGAAAACGGCAUUGGGAAAUGGGAGCUCAUCUCCCGAAGGUUGGGGACGAACCGGCACCCGCAGGACGUGGAGAGGCGGUGGCGCGAGUCCUUUGCUGCCGCUGCUCCUCGCAGUGCGCCUCGCCGGAAGCAGUCCGGUACAUCAGUACCUCAAGUUGAUGGGGUGCUGCAGGCCGGUUUAGAUGUCGCAAGGGGCGAGUUUGAUGUAACAAAACCGACAAGAGGUACUGAUACUGAUGCCAACAAGCUCGCGCACGUCCUUAUUAGAUUAGAUGAUGCUCUCACCGAUUUGGCGAAGGACAGCCACGCUUUGCUCGUGCGGCGCGACGAGGCGGCGCGCAAAAAGCUUGAAUGUAUUAAAAAGCUCGAGGAGGCGCAUCAAUGUCAAAAAGCUGAACUGAUAUUGGCGCAGUCGCGCGUGAAUGAAGAAGGAGGCCAGGCCGUGCUCGACGCGGUGGAUGCGCACUGGGCGCGCGUGUAUCGGAGCCACUCUCGUAGACUGGAGACGGCGCGCGCCGACCUGGCGCGCGUGGAAGAUGCUCUGGUGGAUGCUUUAGGCAAGAUGGAGGGUGGUGGGAAGGUCGGCUCCAAGGCCGUGUAUUUACUCCCGAAGCCGGCGCCGGCGCCCCGCUCCAACGGUCUUCCGCCGGCGAAGCGGGCGCGAUCGGACGAGGUGGUGUUCCUCGGGACGCGCGCGGCCGCCGUGUGA